UUCACAGCACCUCUUUACGGCAGCCGUAAGAUGUUCCGUUGCUUUGAACGCCGAUCCAGAACAGCAAAGUGACGAUAACAGAAAAACUGAAAGCCACCAAACACUGACAACACGGCCUCGAAGAGCAGCAUUUAGACUCAGUUACUUGCCGCACACUGGUAAACCGUGUCCUGAGCUGCUCUUUUGAAACCGGUGGUUGAUAUUUUUGGGGUUUUUACAUGAGUCGUUAGCCUCUCACUGCAAUGGCCUCCGACAGCAACAUGGACAGAGAAAUGAUCCUGGCCGACUUUCAGGCAUGUACCGGAAUCGACAACAUUGCUGAGGCGAUCACACUUCUAGAACUUAACAACUGGGACUUGGUGGCGGCCAUCAAUGGAGUGAUACCACAAGAAAAUGGGAUCUUGCAAAGUAAUUUCUCCAGUGAAGCAUCUCAGACCAGCCCCUUUGGACCCCACAGCCAAUCAGAAGCCACAGCACCUACGCCCUCAGCCCCACCUUCUUCAGCUUCAGCUUCAGCUUCAGCAUCCGCAUCCGCAUCCGCAUCAGCAUCAGCAUCAUCAUCUUCCUCACCCCCAUCCUCAUCCAGCCCAGCCUUCUGCCCUGUCCAGCCCUCUCGGCACAUCUUGGAACGGCAGUCGCGGAUGCUCAACUUCCAUGUGGAGUACAGACAGCGCUCCAUAGAGGUGGUGCUGGAGGAUGCCAGCACAGUCGGUGAUAUUAAAACUAUUUUAGAGACUGAGCUACAGGUGCCUGUCUCCAAAAUGCAGUUAAAAGGCUGGAAGAGUGGAGACGUAUCUGACAGUACUGUUCUGCGGAGUUUACAUCUGCCUAAGAACAACAGUUUGUAUGUGCUCACCCCUGAUAUUGCCCCUUCAGCCAGCACCAGCCAGAGCAGCAGUGCCCAGCAAGGGUUGUCGAAUCAGAACUACCUGCUCGUCAUUAGCCACCGUGAAGCACAGAGAGAUUACAGCCUCAACUUCCCUGCCAGCAAAACCAUCCAGGAGGUGAAAAGGAACAUUUCAGACCUGACAAACAUCCCAGUGCGGCAUCAACAGUGGGAUGGCUGGCCUGCCUCUGCCUCAGAUGACUCGAUGACUCUGGCCUCCAGUGGAAUCAGUUACCCCUGCCACCACCUGACUGUGUGCAGAAGAUCUUCCCCUGCGCUCACGGUGGACCAGACAGAUGAGUGCACAGAUGUCCACAUGGUCAGUGACAGCGAGGGAGAUGAUUUCGAGGACGCACCUGAAUUUGGUGUUGAUGAAUCUGAAAUCUUUGGCAUGGGAAGCUCGAGUUGUCGAAAGUCUCCGAUGAUGCCAGAGAACAGUGAAAAUGAGGGUGAUGCCUUACUGCACUUUACUGCUGAAUUUUCUAGAAGAUAUGGCGAUUGCCAUCCUGUGUUCUACAUCGGCUCCUUGGAAGCAGCAUCUCAAGAGGCCUUUUACGGCAAAGCCAGAGAUAGAAAACUGCUGGCCAUCUACCUCCACAACGACGAGAGUGUCCUCAGUAACGUGUUCUGUUCUCAGAUGAUGUGCGCAGACUCCAUAGUGUCAUAUCUCAGCCAGAACUUCAUCACAUGGGCCUGGGACGUUACUAAAGAAGCUAAUAAAGCCAGACUACUCACGAUGUGCACAAGGCACUUUGGCAGUGUUGUUGCACAGACCAUUCGGACGUACAAGACUGACCAGUUCCCAUUACUUUUAAUUGUCAUGGGCAAACGGACAUCAAAUGAAGUUUUAAAUGUCAUUCAAGGCAACACAACAGUGGAUGAACUUAUGAUGAGACUCAUGGGAGCCAUGGAGAUCUUCACAGCACAACAGCAAGAAGACAUCAAAGAUGAGGAUGAGCGUGAAGCCAGAGAAAUGGUCAAGAGAGAACAGGAUGAAGCUUACCGUUUGUCUCUGGAGGCUGACCGUAAAAAGAGAGAAGCGCAAGAGCGAGAAGAGGCAGAGCAAGUCCGUCAGGAGCGAAUCAGGAAAGAGCAGGAGGAGGAACGAGAGGCUAUCCGUCUCUCAUUGGAGCAGGCCCUGCCACCAGAGCCCAAAGAGGAAGGCGGAGAGCCAAUCAGCAAGCUGCGCAUCCGGACGCCAAGCGGAGAGUUUUUGGAAAGGCGGUUCCUGGGCAGCUGUAAACUCCAGGUUCUGUUUGACUUCGUCGCCUCCAAGGGCUACCCAUCCGACGAGUUCAAAUUGCUCACCACCUUUCCACGCAGAAAUAUAACACAGUUAGACCCGGCGUGGAGUCUGGUGGAGGCUAAACUCUUCCCUCAGGAGACCCUGUUCCUGGAGGCCAAAGAGUAGGACCGUUCGAGACGUCCUGAGGCGAACAAGAAGAAUAAGCAAAGAACUUUUAGCAUGAUGUCCACAGUGACCAGACACACACUCUCAAACACACACACACACACAAGCCUUCACACACUAUCACACAGUGCGUUGUAUAUGAAUGCUGAGUGUACAUUUUAUGCACACGGAGGCCUUCACAAGCACAUGGAUAAAUGAUCACUCUCCUCACAUAACUGCAGUGUAAUGUUCUUUUUCCACCCGCAACGUAAGGUAACCGAAAAGAAAAAAAAAAAUAACAAGGUGUGGAAGUCUAAAACAGCCAGCCCUCACAGACAAGGACUUCUCACUGCGGCUGCUUUUUAGACAUGUUUUGUGUUGAAAUGAGAUUAAAAAAAAAAAAAAUCAAUUAAAAAAAAAUGACAAAUAAAUAAAAGUCAAACGAAGAGACAUUUCCUGGAGAACGCUGGACCAUUUCCUUUCCCAAUGUUCUCAGAGUCCCUGAUUCUCAGCGUAGCCCCAGACAGCCAUCAUCUUGUCAUCCCGGCUUCUUCCUGAUUCCCAAAUUGACGAUAUUUGGUUUUAAUCUCAAAUGAUUGUUUAUUUUUUCUCCCUUUUCCCCCUUUUUAAGUUUGAUGCUGUAUUAGAUUUAGGUUGAUAUACAUUAUAUAAAGAAUAUAUGAACAUG